CAAAAUCUCGAGACGGAUCAAUGUGGAAAAGUUUACAUUUCUACUUGUAGGGAAAUUACAAACGGUUCAGCAUGCGUGAAAGACUAAUACAACGCUGUUGAUAGGAGAGGGUUUUGAUCCAUAGCCAUGGAUCUACCCUGGUCGGACGGGGUGUACACCAGCGAUGUCCCACGAGAUUUUGAGGAAAUGCGGAUGAGGGAGGACAGGAAAGAACGAAUUGGACAAUACUGGAACCUGCUAGUAGCUGACCAGGAACCAAAAGUUAGCAAGCAAACCCUGUUGAUGUUGAUGCAGGAUUUAAAAGAUGAAGGAAAUACCGUCUUUAAAGAAAGUCAUUAUGACGUGGCAUGGAUGCAUUAUCGUAAUGCAUUAUUUAUUGGAAGGAUAUUAGAGACACGUUUUUACCAUGAUGUGGAUAAGGAAUUUGUAUCCACUCUUUUCUCAAAUAGAGCAUUCUGCUGUCUUAAAAAGGAAAUGUACAACGAAGCUAUCCAUGAUUGUGAAAAAGCAAUUGAUAUAUUCAGCUCAAACAUCAAAGCCUACUAUAGACAGGUUCAAGCUCUAAAAGCCCAGAAUAGGACUGCUGAGGCCCUCAAAAUUGCACAACAGGGGCACUUAAAACAACCCAAUAUCUUUAGAGAGUUAAUUGAAGAGCUUUCUGAUGCCUUGGAAAUUGAAACCACCUCUAAACAGAAGAUAUCCACAGCUAAUGUGUCUGUACGACAUGCUCAGGCAGAGGCUGCAAACCAACCUGAUGCUGAUUGGUUAACUGGAACAAACAUUCAUCUAAAUGAGAAUUCAUCAAAACCUAAAGUCAUGAAGAAAAGCUCUGGCAAACCAAAGCAGCAGAAGAAGAGUAAACAAGUGAUGAACUUGCCAAGGAAUGGUCACACCUUUUCCGAGUCAGAAAGUGAGGAGGGAAGCAGUAGCGAUAGCAGUAGUCUUAAUGAAGAUGAAAAAUUUGCUAGUAACUUUCUCAACGUACGAAAAACCAACCUGUCUGCUCCAGGCCCCAACAUCAUUAAGUUGCCAACACCUUCUGCCUCUUCCACCAAACAGGAAUCUUCUCCACGUGGAAAGCAGAGUGACAGUAUGGGACUAGAUAGCUUUUCUGCUGGAAAGUCCAAGGCACAAAAGACAUCCUCAGCAUACAGUAGUUCCUCCUCUGCGAGUCCCGUGCACAAACAGCCCAAGAAGACUGUCCCCACACUAAGUGAUGAGGACUUGAAUGCCUUAUAUUUCCCUCUAGAGAACUAUGAUUUCAAAUUGGCAUGUGCCCAGUGCUUUGUCAAAACUGGGGAAGGUGUGCAAGGCUAUGCUUUCUAUGAUUUCGAGCACAUGUGUGAUAAAGACUAUCUGGUAGUGAAGUUGAAGGCAACCGUGAACACCAAAAACAUAACAUGGAUUAGAAUACGACCUCGACCAGAACACAAAACUCCAAAGAUGAUCUACCACUACAAGAAGUGUUUGCAGUUCGCACAGAAUCAACCAUGUAGGGUUGGGGAUGACCGAUGUACUUUUCCACACACAAAGGCGGAGAUGGACCUCUGGGAGAUGGACAAAGAUGAACAGUUCAGCAUAUUUGGUUUCAUUGAGAAACUACACGAGCUGAAAAUUGAGUCCAGCUGGGAUUUAGAGACGUUUAUACAAAACAACAUCGCUCAGAAUGAACCACCACCUGCCCGGUCACCUGGAAUUCCCGGACUCAACUUUAAAUCAAAGAAAUCCAAAUCUGCUAUCCAAGCUGCUAAACAACAAGAGGCACUCUUGAAACAGCAAGUUGUGAAAGCUCCCUACAGUGAACCUGUUGAAGCUCCAAUUGUCAAGAUGCCACAGCUCAAACCUAAAUUUGUGUCUACUGAGCCACCAGUCAGAGGUACAACAGUGCACACACAUACUACCCAGGAAGAGUCUUUGUAUCAUCCAAGUGGACCCUUGCUCCCUAAACCACAACAUUCCUCUGUUCGUUAUACACCUCCCCAGCAUCUGGUGUCCUCCCCUGUGAGGCCAAACCUGAGUCGACCACCACCUCCGAUUGGAGGAAACCCAGGAGGUUUUACACCAGCAAUGAAUGUCAAUACAAGAUUCCCUCCUCCAAGGAUGCCUGGUCCACAGCAAACUUCCAAUAAAUAUCAGGCCCAAUAUAACAGAAUGCAGGCACCCCAAGGUGGCUAUUUUGGACAAGAAACGCCACAUUAUCACCCAGGUCCUACCAACCAAGUACAGAUGAGACCAAACCUGAUGCGGGUACCUGCUCCGAAACCUGCCUCCGAGAUGCCUUUACAAGUAAUGGAAACUAACCAACCUGUCACUAUUCUCAAGUUUCCAUUGAGAGACACUCACGAUUUUAAACUGGUGUGCAGAGUGUGCUUUGUGUAUGGAAAUCAACCUGGAUACUACAUGCCCCAGCAGAAAACUCACAAAUGUGAGGAGAACGUGCUGGCUGUGAAACUAAAGGGACUACCAGUACCAUGGCAUUGUAUCCGUGAGCGUAAAAACCAUCGUGAGUUUCCUGGUAAAUACAUAUUGUGUAACAGUGUGUACUACAGAAACCCUGGCCUUUGUAGGUAUGGAGAAGAGUCGUGUUCUUUUGCCCACAAUGAGGAAGAACAGACAUUAUGGACACAAGAAAAGGAUGAAAAGUUCAACAUCACAGAAUUCAUCAUGCAGAAUCGAUCAGUCAGUGUGGCCAAGGGUUUUACACUGGCAGAUGUUUUGAAAAAACAUGGAGGCACUUUUGAUUUCAUAUGCAAGUUCUGCUAUUGCAAUACACCUCGCGUAAUUUCAAACAAAGGAUCUGGUGAUUUUUGCAAGAGUCGAGGAAAGCACCAGUGGUCCGAGUACAAGAUCAUGGCUCACUUCGCAAAUGAUGGAUCAAUCAAACUCAUCAAUCAGAGAGGAUUUCUACAUAAAACUGCCUUUUUCAAAAUUUGCAAGUGGCUGCAGUUCUGUAGAAACCAAAUCAAUGCAGAGUGUCGGUUUGCGCACAGCUUGGUGGAAAGAGAUAUAUGGAUGUUGGAAAGGGAUUCUGGAAUGUCCAAGGAGGAGAUUGUGCAGGAACUCAGCAAAGCUGUUGCUCUUCCUAUCAGUCAGCAGCAUGAGGCAUCACCUCCUGUAGAUCAGACAGUUAUUGUGCACUCAGCAUCUGCAGGGCUCACACCUACUACAUUGCAAGCACAGAAACCUCCUUCUCAUGUGGUUGCAUACACUAAACAAAAUCUAGACCUGGAGGACAAUGAGUGUCCAUAUUUAGUCACUGCUAUAUGUCAAACCUGCUGGAAAAAUGGUAAAAAGAGUGUUCAGGAUGGUGACAAGGAUCGAUGUGUGAAAUCCCACUCCAAUUGGAAAACAAACAGGAUCUUCCUACUUGCUACCGCUAACAGGGAAAUCAGACCAUUGCCGAGAAAGAUCCCCGGAGGGUUCGCUUUUAUCAUUUGCAAAUUUAUCAGGAACAAGACUAAGUGUGGAUAUACAGCAGGCGGGUACUGCCAGUUUGCCCACAGUCAGGAGGAGCUGGAGGUCUGGCAGUGGAUGUGCACACACAGUUUGAGCACCCUAGAACAGUUGCAUGAAGCCAGCAAGGAGAGUCAGAAGAAGCGUCAGUCCUUAGUGAAAUCCAAGAUCACAAGUGGAGAAUCUGUGAUUGCUGUUAAGAAUGUGAUCACUCUACCCAUCCAGUCUAACUUCAACCCCUUGUACUGUGCCUACUGUGGCAAGCAAUGUAACAGUCAGAAACAGUGGGAUGAACACUGUGCCUCGGAACGACAUAACUUCAAUGUCAGUUCUGACAAGGAGCACCAAUGGAACUACAGACAGCCACCCUGGGGUAUGCCUGGAAGCAACUAUGAGCUAUGUGCCAAAAAUGAAAAUGGAGGUAAAUGUACUUACUCUAAUGUUCCGGACAUGUACAACAUGUGUACACAUGCUCACUCAGUUGAGGAGCUGGAAGAAUGGAAGGAGAGACAUGAAUGGCGACUAAUGAAAAGAGAGAUGGCCCGCCAGGAAAUGGUCUUUUCCUAUAUGGACCAACUACUGGAAAAAUAUGAACAGGCAGAAUCAGCUAUAGGAGUUAUAUCAGAAGAACAAGAUGGUGUAUCCGUUACCUGUAACCAGGACCUAGUGAGAUAUGAAGAGAACAAAAAUGUAACAUUUUUGUGGACUUUCAACAUCAAAUCUCAGCUCUCUCUUCAAAAGUUGGCCCUUCUGUAUAACAAGGACCGUCUACACUUCUCCUUGGUGGGUAAAGGACUGGUUGGGCACUGUCAGAUAGCCCAGGGCACUAGCUGUGAGGAAGUAGACCUUGGCGAGCCAUGCUACAGAGUUCAGGUCAAGUUCACAGCCGCCAUGUUUGGAUCCUUCAGCCAGUGGGUCAUCUUUGACUUUGGAAGAGAGCCAGUUUUGGUCAGGAAGCUCUCUGUAGAAGUUGGAACAAUGCAUAUGCACGAGAAGAUCAGGACCCUACGACAGCAACUACAGUUUGACCGCUGGACAAGCGAAAACAGGGUUAUUGUCAAGAAUGAAGCAGAAUGGGUAGAUGACCUUGAGAAGAUGCUGACAAACAAAUACAAAGCUCCAUCUGCGGCUGACAGUGUAGUCACACAGAACAGUCUAGUGACGGAACUCAAUCGCAACAACUACAUACACAAGAUGAAGAAACUUCUAGAGCUGGAAGAGAUUACCAGACAUCAGGUCAUAGCUGAGUACAAUCUGGAGGUGACAAUAGACUGUGUGGAAGGUAUUCAGGAGGAGACUUACCUGUAUGCCCAUCAAGGAGAGCUGUUUGCUAAGGUACCACUGAAUGAUUACCUGACAGAAGACACUGAUGCUGGCAAACUGAUCUUGAGCAGUGUUCGUAAAAUCUUGAUUGCACCAACGAACAAUAGUAGCAAAACAGUUUUUGAGGCUGCAAUUGUAAGAAAAGACAAUUUUGAUUAUGAUGGUAGAGGGAAAGAGUACAUUUACCUGUGUUUGUCCAAAGCAUGUGUGAGUCAGCUGAACCUGAAAAAGAACAUGAGCAUAGAGGUGGAGAUUCAGUUUCAGAUGGACCGCAUGCACUUUUGUAUGAUGCAUUUUGCCAUUGACAAGCUGCAAACCACUGAUGUGGUCUUCCCAGAUAUCUCCAAGUACCGACCACUGUGGAGUGAGAGGCACGACCUCAAAGUCAGCUCGGACAUCUUGAAUGUUGAACAGAUCCAGGCUGUGAAGCACAUUGUCGCUCAAAGAUCUGGCUACACCCCUCCAUUUGUCAUGUAUGGUCCGUUUGGUACAGGGAAGACGGAAACCAUUGCACAGGCUGCAAUGGUGCUGUUGAAGGAAAAGCCUUCAGCCAGGAUCCUCAUAUGUGCCCAGUCAAACAGUGCUGCUGAUUUGUACAUCCUGAAACACCUGGGACCAUUCCUCAAGAAACACCCCAAAAUAAAGCUGCGGAGAAUUUACUUCAAAGAAAGGCGAAUCAAUACGGUCAACAGAGACGUGAAACCCUUCUGUUUGCUCACACCCGAUUGUAGUGCCUUUGGAUUGCCGACUCGCGAGGACAUUGAGCAUCAUCAGAUUGUCAUUGUUACGCUAGCCACAUCACUGGUGCUUACUAACCUGGGUCUUCAUGGUCACUUUUCCCAUGUGUUCAUUGAUGAGGCAGCCCAGGCAUUAGAGGUGGAAACCAUCAUGCCACUAUCUCUCUGUAAUGAAAAAACAUGUGUAGUGUUAGCUGGUGACCACAAACAGAUCAGUCCGAAAGUGUAUAGCCAAGAAGCCCGUAACCAGAAAUUUGACAUUUCUUUGUUAGAAAGGCUCUAUCAGUACUAUGACUCUCACUCAGCCAAGAUUGACCAGGCCAGCCCUGUCAACAUACUCCUUAACAUCAACUACCGCAGCAAACAUGAGAUUCUCCGAUUCAUCUCUGCCAUAUUCUAUGGAGGUCCAGACAAGCUUGAGUCCCAGGCUAAGCUUCCGUCAGUGUUAACCAUCACACCACUGACAUUCUAUGCUGUACAGGGAAGGGAGACGCAGGACACUGACAGCACAUCAUUCUACAAUCUCUCAGAGAUCCAGGAGAUUGUGGAAAGGGUAGAGGAUCUAUUCCAUAACUGGCCCCAUGAGUGGGGGCCUCGCCAGGCUAAGGAGAUAGGAGUUGUCACACCAUAUUAUGAUCAGGUCCAGUUAAUCCGCAAGUCUCUCAGAAAACGACACAAGGAGCUAGGAUCUGUCACUGUAGAAAGGGUCAACAAUGUACAAGGGAAAGAAUUCAGAGCCCUAUUCCUCUCUACUGUUAGGACAUGCAGCAUUUUGGAGUCACAGACAACAGCUGGAGCAAAUGCAGUUGAUGAUAGUGACUUUGGAUUCUUGUCAGAUCCCAAACUCCUCAACACUGCGCUGACCCGAGCCCAGUCCUUUGUUGCUGUUAUAGGAGACCCAGUGGCCCUCUGUGCUGUGGGAGAGUGUGUCAAUGUGUGGAGGGUGUUCCUGAAGCACUGUGAUAAUAUGAAAAGCAUUCAUCCUCCUACAGUCACCCUAAAUUCUGUCAAACAGCAAGUGUCCAACCUACUCAACUCGUCAGCAAAAGACCGAAUGAUGGAGAUUGUAAGCCAGCAAAGACAACAUUCAAAUCAAGACAAAGACAUGAUGCAAUCUGUUCCUCCAAGUACUGAGGCCCAGUGGGAGGUGCCAGCUGGCAAUGUAGCCCAGAUACUCAAUGGCCACAUGAAUGGAUUGGGCACAGCCAUGCAGAGGCAGACCAGUUUUGAGGACUACCUGAGUAAUCUGGAUGUCGAAGAUUUAGCAGAUGCAGAAGAUGUCAUUCUGCAACUGGCCAAAGAAACAGCAGGAUGUGUCAGUUACAGUGAUUUCAAAAUUAAAGAAGAAGAUGAGCGGGCUAUUUUGUAUGUUGAUGAACCUGGGAACGAUGAACAAGAGGAUGAAAUUUAUCCCUCUAUCUUCAAUGAAAAGAACCUGCAAAAUUUGCUGAAAGUUCAACCCAAUCAGUUCAAACUCUGUACUUUGAGAGUUAUAUCAAGGUCCAAAAUGUAUGCAGAGGUCCAUGAUUCACUUUUACCUUACAGCAAAAUUAUCAUCAACACAAGACAACAUUGUGGUCGUGCUUUCGAUAUGGAUGAUGUAGUGGUACAGCUGUCUUCGCCGGAUGCAGCAGAACCAGUGGAUGGGUGUCCACAGGGCAAAGUUGUUGGUGUAUUGAGGAGGAGUAUAGACAUUAAGAACAGACUGUUUGUUUGUACAGCCUCGGCCGAUAACACAGGUCUGAUGUGGCCCAUAAACCAAGGCAUCCCAUGCAUCUACAACCUCUUGACAUCAACAAAUUCAGAGAAUGUGGACAACAAUUUAGUGUGUGUCUAUCGCUAUUCACAAAGCAAGACUCUUGGCUUUCAUGAGGCGGUGGAAUUAUAUUGCAGUAAGCCAUCUGAUAAACUGUUUGUAGUUCAGUACUUGAAAUGGGACCCAACAUUCUCCUUGCCAAUAGGCGUUGUGGUGGGCUAUAUACCAGCAGGUACCACAGUUGAUUUAGGCUUACAGGUCCUCAAUGUAGAGUACAACAUUCCAAGGAGGGUGUUCAAAACAGAAGUGGAAGGAGAAAUCAACAGCAAAUAUCCCAGAACUUAUACCAUUCCAGAUCAUGAGAUUCGGAUUCGUCAUGAUAUCAGACAGGAUUGGACAUUCUCCAUUGACUCACCUGGUGUUGAAAGUAUCAGCAAUGCUCUUAGUGUAGAUGAGUUGGGUGAUGGCAGCUACAGGAUAGGUGUGCAUGUGGCUGAUGUGGGUUACUACGUAAAGAAAGACGGUAUAGUUGACAAAGAAGCCAGGUCCCGUGGAACUGCUUUCAGUACACCUAACAGCACAGUCAACAUCAUCCCAGAGAGACUUGGGUCAGAGCUAUGUAGCCUUAAACCAGGAGAAGAUCAUCUUACACUGUCCGUGUACAUGGAUGUUUCUGCUGCAGGGGAGAUAUGUAAAAUUCAACUAAAGAAAUCUGUGAUCAAUACUAAGAUUAUGUUUACAUACCAGGAAGUACAGGAGACCCUGAACGACCCAGGGGCUGGGGCUGACUACCUGAAGAGUUGUCUGCUUGUCCUUUAUCACAUCUGUAUGGUAUGGAGAAAAGAAAGACUAGGUAAUGCCAGCAAGUAUCACGACCUUAAGACGCGAGAAAAGUUGACCCCAGAAGCGCACUUGAUAGUGCAAGAAAUUAUGCUGAAAACAGAUCAUCAAGUAGCCAAGAUGCUUGUUGAUAAAUUCCCCAAUACCACUCCUCUGAAAUGUCAGAAGCGACCUAAGUCAGUAGAUAGAGAUCAGUGGAUGCAAGAGUAUGCAGCUGAUGCAGUGAAUUCCAUAGCUCUUACCAAACCAUUCCUAGAGGGUUCAUCAACCUGUAACUGCAAGUUAGCAUGCACCUGCAUCAUGAAUUACAUCCGACAGCUGGGAAAGAAGCCCAGAGAUCCCUUUGAGAUGUUAACUGUUCUAUGGGAAUCCUUAUGCCAUGCAGCAGAUGCAGGAGAAAUUGCAUACUCCCAAAGUUAUGUGAUAGAACCAGAAUACCACCCACAACUGAUGCUUGCUUUAUCUAAACUACAUGAAAUCCAGAAUCCACCUGUGUUUGUCUGUUCAGGUGAUAUUACUGAGACUGACCAGGAGCAUAGCUCACUUAAUCUCUCUCCAUAUGUCUCUUUCACCAAGCCUAUCUCUAGGUAUGUUGAUCUAGUAGUGACACGCCUUUUAACGGCUGUUAUUGAAGACCAACCCUCUGUGUACAGUUGUAAAGAAAUCCAGUCCCUUUGCAUACAUUUGACAGCAGUUAGUCAACGUUCGGAUUCGUAUGAUAAAGCUGUACAUAGCCUCUACCUGAGCUCUGCUCUUAAAGCCCGUCCACUUGUACUACAUCCGAUCAUACAGAAUCUUGAUCAAAAUGACAUUCAGUUGUGCUUUCAAACCAUUGGUGAUAUCCCUCGGGACAAGAGCAGAAUCCAUCUGCCUUCAUUGCAUACAUCAAAGAAACCUGCUAUCAACGACAAUGCUAGUGUUAAGUUGACCUGGCAAGAUAGAAUAUAUGAUGUAUCAACCAAGGUUACCAGGCAUGUAUCUAGUAUAUCUACUGAAGUACUAAAUCCUAGCCGAUUCAUAUCCAGAAUUCCAGCAUUCCAAUGGCAAAGGUUACUGAGUGCUAUUCGUGAGGAAAACAUGCAGAAGCUUCAAAGUGCAGUUACACAAGUGCGCCCUCAUGUUAAACAGGCGGCCCAGAGUGAAGGAUAUGUGCUAGAUGUGUCUGUGGGUAAUAAGUUUGAUGAUAAGAUAAAACAUUAUGCAGACUUUACAAUGACCCUAUCUACCUGCGAUGUUGUACAGGUGCAGAUGUCAGCUCAUUUGCAUAACGGCCUCAUCACUCCCUCUCUUCAGCUUCUGGGUUUAACUCCUAGUCUAGAAGUCUGUUUAGAGCACCGAGAUGAUCCUCUUGCUUGUUUUUCCCACAGAAGUAUCCCACCAGCAGAUAAUACUGCCUACCCAAAUGUAGCUUCCUACCAACAAUUAUGGCUACCAAUUCUAGGAUUAGAAUCCACUCAUAAUGCUGUCAAGUCGGGUCAAUCAGUCGUGGUUAAAAAUCUGUGUAUGGCGUGGAAGGAGGAAAAGUUAGCAGGAUCCUCAAAGAUUGUGGCAAGUUUUACAGUUCCUUUAACUUUCUGCAUGGAACGUCAGUUCAUAAUUACGAACAGUUUCAAUCUCAAUGACAUAUUCUCUCCAGGUAAUGCUAAGCUGGCAUCAAGCUUUUUUCAGAACUGUGUUUGUGUGCGAUACAACAACUUGGAUAUAGCGGAUGAUCCCAGCUUGAGGGAGAAUGUUGCAUUGUUAGUUAACAACGGCAUGCCCAUAUGUUGGGUAGGACAUUGUCAGGUAGUGUCAGUCAGUCGAGUCAAGGAUAAUAUCACAGUUAACGUUGUCCUUGUGCACAGCAGUUCAACCAUUCCUUCUCAGUUACUCGGCCCCCAGGCUAGCAAUCUUCACUGUACUCUGGAAUGGAUCCCGAAGACCACGCAUGACAGGUUAAUGGAAUAUUCUGUGCAGUUGCUAACAGAAGCAUCCCAGCUUGCUCAUGAUAUCAUAAGUGGCAGAGUGGAUGGAUCUACAAAUAAUGGUGAUGUGGAAACACUGUUACAACUGCUAGUGACAGGGAUGCCAAGACUUGCUGAUGACCAGGUCAAUGCUGUAAGAAUGAGCCUUCAACAACGCUUCACUGCCAUACAGGGUCCUGUAGCCUCGGGCAAAUCACUUGUAGCUAGCUACUUAGCGUAUUUAUUCUCCAGACGUAAUGCCAAUGUGGGCCUCAAACAUCUUGUUUUGCUGUGUGGUCCCACAGACCAAUCAGUAGAUGUAUUAACAGCAAACUUAAAAAAUCUAGGAAAGAUGUGUCCAAAAAUACUGAGGGUGUAUAGUGAUGAAGUAGAGGAGAAGGAAUUUCCCAUACCUGGGUCAACUGUCCCGUCUAAUGAACAGAAACCUUUGGGAGAGGAGUUUCAUUCACCAUCUCCAAAUGACACCUCUCUACACCAUGUGAUCCGACUAGGCUCCAACUCCUACAGCCAGACCAUCAAUGAGUAUGACAUGCUUUUUAAGAUGUAUCCUGAUGAUAUCUCUUCUGAUCAGGUAGAGGAGUACUGUAAAAUGAAGUCUGAUGCAGAGACAGCAGAAAUAUGCAGGGCAGAGAUCAUCUUAUGCACAUGUGAUACUGUAGCCAGUGCCAAGCUAUCUAACAUCGCUGUAGAACAGAUAAUAAUUGACGACUGUGGGAUGUGUACUGAAGCUGAAGCUAUCACUCCUGUGAUUCACCAUGCGUCCGCUAAACAGGUUACUAUCCUUGGUGAUGCCAUCCAGCUACCCCAUAAAGUCAAUAGUCCCACAGCCAAGACCCUGGGUCUUACCACAUCUUUACUGCAGCGAUACAUUGAAAAGGCCCUGGUGCUCAAUAAAUACUUCCGUAUGCAUGAAAGAAUAGCAUCUUUCCCAUGUGAGCAUUUUUACGAGAAUACUCCACAGCGCGGGAGUGUUGAACAGCUGGCUCCUGGAAAAGUAAACAUCUGGCCAGGUGGGCCGAACCAGCCAUUUGUUUUCUGUCAUGUCUUAGGCAAGGAGGAAGCUGUUACAGUCAAGACCGACAGAGGAUUGGAAUGCUCAUACCUUAACAACAUGGAAGUUAAUAUUGCAGUAACUACAGCGUGUAAGCUGGUGAGCCGUCAUGGUGUACCCGAGUCCAAAGUCAUUGUUUUGGCCCAGUAUCAAGUACAAUGUGAGGCUAUUAAAAGGAUGCUGUUGAAUGCUGGUCAUAAGAAUAUCAAAGUGUCUGAUGUCCUCUCUGCACAUGGUGGUGAAUGGGAAUAUGUUAUCUACAGCACUGUCCGUUCAUUACCUCAGUAUAAGAUUGACAGGUACAGCAGUAGGAAGUGGUGUGAAGAUCACUUAGGGGUCAGUGAUGAUCACUGCCAAGUCCAUGUGGCUCUCACUCGUGCCAACAAGGGAAUAGUUAUCAUCGGCAACAAGUUCCUGCUAAGAAGUAGCUACAUGUGGACUAGUCUGCUAAAGAAGUAUGAGGAAUGUGGAGCAGUUGUGGAUAGCCAGGCUAUGUCCAGGCUUCUUGGUUAGACCCUCCUCUGACACCUCUGGUUGUAUGUGCUGGUACAAGAUGGAACAAUGGACAAUACUUUGCUGAUCGAACAUUUCAAAGAUUCAACACAUGUAGACCAGAAAAAAACAGGGGAAUUAAACCUAAUGUAAUUGAGUAAAUUACCAUUAUCAAAGCUAUAACUUUCUUGCAUAUAGAAGCUUUGUUGGUGAAGAUACAUAUUACAUUUCUGGAGUUAUACAUAUUGGUUCCUUGUACUUUGAUGCCGAAUUCUGAGUUCGCUUAUGGACACAAGUUGAUCAUUUCUCUUUGGAUAGUUCUUGUGACAUUGUAAAUAAGAUUGAUUUAUAAACUAAGCUGAUUUCGUACAAUUUUGUGAUAGAUUGUGUAUAUCCCCCUGAUAUUGUGUUUGUAUGACAUAAAGGUGUAUAUGUUAAACCUACCAUGCACAGAUAUAUAUUUUUUAUGGAUUAAUAACAGAGGAACAAGUCGAGACAGUUGUAAAUGUUGUGUGUAAGCUGUAUUUUUCAGAGACUAGCUUUUUAUCAACCAAUGUUUGUGCCUUAUCUACAGCACUAGAAUCUGACUGGGGAGAAUUUGGCACUCACAACUUGUUUCAGAGACGCGCAUUAUCAUACGCAAGUGUUAUUGUAGGGUUACAAUUUGGAGCAACAAACUAAAUAUAUGGAUUAAUAUAUAUAUAUAACUUUCAUUCACAAAUAAAGAGCUAUGCAAUCAUUUCAUGCAUUACUGCAAGUGUUUCUGUAUGGAUAUACCUGUUUCAAGGUCAUAUAGUGAAAUUGAUAUGAUUCAUCCUGUCUUUUAUUGAGCUUGUUUGAUUUUGUAUUUUUUGUUUGUGUGUUAAAUUUAAGGAUUUUGCUUUCAGUAUUAUAACAGUAGGUCUAGGAUUUUGUUUAUAGAAGGAAUCAACCUUCCAGAAUCAUAGUUACAUUUAGAUUGUUACAACAUACGAAGGUCUGCAAAAUAUUAAACUUCUAUACCAAUUUAAGUUUAAAUAGGAAAGAUUUUUAAUUAAAUCAAAUAAAUAUUUCCACUUUCUCUUUUCUUUUGGUAUUGAGCCAGGGAACUGAUUAGUUGCUAGAAGUUUUUGUUUGACAGAUACCCGGUAUUUCUGUACAUAUGUCAUGAGAAAACCCCAUUAUAAAAGUAAAGGGGGCAGAAGGAAAUAAGGGACAGUGUAGCAGAAGCAAAGCAAUGUCAGAGAGGAGAGGAAGGCAAAGAAGGGGGAGUGGAUGGGGGAACAAAUAUAGCAAUUAUUUUAAAAUAUAGUUUAUUUUCCAUUGAAGUCAUUUUUUAUUUGUUUGUUCAAAUAUCUAACUUAUCGAAGCAUAUUACUAGCAUAUCCUGUUUAUUUAGUCUGAUUCCAUUGGUUGAAUUUUAUUUAAUUGACAUGCUAAGCAUAAUAUGCUAAGUAACUAAGUAUGAACACUGAAAUUGUUGACUUGUAAUAGAUUAAAAUACGAAUUCCAGUGAAAAGUGAAUUAUUUCUGAAAUAACCAAAGUUUUGUUAGAUAUGUUAUUUUGAAAACUAUAACUACAACCAUGUUUCAGAAAUCAAUUUUUACAUGAUCACUAAAACUAUUUAGUUGAUGACUUGAUGUGUUUAUGCUGUGUUUAUUUAAUUUUUUAAAUGAUUCUAACAGUUGAAGGAUUUACAUGUGUAAAUGUCCAUGGCACAUUUAGUGCUGCUAAAAGACAUUUUAUUAUUGUUUUAUAGUAUAAUCUACAUUACAUCAUUUGUUGUAAGAAUAUCAGACUUGGUGCAGAUUUUAAUAACCCUGAUAUCCUAUAUUGUUGAAGAGACUGUUGAAUUGUAUUUUCUAUAGAUUUAUUUAGAGGCACCAUUUUCAACAUAACACAAUCAAAUUUUCCCUUCAAAACAUUCAAGUACAGGAUUGGUGUUGAUAUUAAAUCAUAAGGAAUGAACAUUAUUAAUUUGCUUGAUAUAACCUGUUUGAGAAAAAGCUUUGAAGAUUAUUGAAUGUAUGUUUUAUCAAAUAAAGUUCCUUCAACUUGUGUAUGUAACCAUAGAAAACAACGUUGUUUCAAUGUCUGUAUAUUAUUACCUUGUACUUAAAAUCUUGAUAAUGUCUGUAGAGCAAAGGCAGUGUGGCUGAAUUAUAUUUAGUUAUGGUGCUUUGAUAAAGUCCCUUUUUAAUUAAACCAUAUUUUGUAUGAUUUUUCUGUAAUUUCUGGAAGAUCGACCAAGGUUCAUUAGUUUAGUAAUAAAAUUCAGUACAUAUGGUACAUAAUCGGUUGUAACUCAACUUUAACACAUAAAUAACACUCAAAUAUUUACGUAGCUGUGACUUAAUUAGGAAUUAAGUUCUACAUUAUAUUACAUCUAAUGAUGUUUUUAUAUGCUAUAACAUCAUGAAGAAAUAUUUUAUAAGACGAUAAGAUCAGAGUCUUUAAUUUAAUCUUAUUAUAUUUGGGUGUCAUUGUAGAUGAUAUUGUACUUGUUCUUGCCAUUUAUGAAAUAGUAGCAUUAAAAAAAUAGUGACAUUUCUUCACUCAAAAUAAACACUUGAUUUUCUUCUCGGGAGUUUAAACAAAUUGCACAGAAUGAUGAUAGUUGAUUGAUCAAAUUUAGACAUAUUUACUCUUAAAAGUUUGUAAUCUUGUUUUAUGUUAUAAUGCUAGAUCAUAAUUUGACAGUGACGCACAGAAUAAGAACUGAAUCAUGAUCGAUAUUCCAAACAUAUUAACAAAACCCAAUAAAGGUUUAUUUCUGUAAA